UCCGUAACACUCCCACUUCUUCACCUAUAGCUAUUGUGCUUUCUAUUUUCUCCUCCGUUAUUGUUUAACCAUGCCAGUGAUGGUCUUCGGACAGUUCUGAAGCUAAACUCGUCGUCACCGGACCGGAAUAUUCUAAAAGAAUGGAUGAUUCAUUACAACAACCGCAGCUUCCUCCGGGGUUUCGCUUUCACCCGACCGAUGAAGAGCUGGUGGUUCACUACCUCCAGAGAAAAGAGGCCGCCGCCCCGCUUCCGGUGGCCAUCAUCGCGGAUAUAGACCUCUAUAAGUUCGAUCCAUGGGAGCUUCCAGCUAAGGCAGCGUUUGGUGAACACGAGUGGUAUUUUUUCAGUCAUAGGGACAGAAAGUAUCCGAACGGGGCUCGGCCUAACAGGACGGCAACGUCUGGUUACUGGAAGGCUACCGGGACUGAUAAACCGGUGUGGACUGCGGGUGGUACACAAAAAGUUGGUGUUAAAAAAGCUCUUGUUUUCUAUGGUGGUAAACCGCCGAAAGGUGUGAAGACAAACUGGAUCAUGCAUGAGUAUCGACUCACUGAUGGUAAAUCAGUCUGUAAACAGCCUGCCUACGAUACCUCGAAAAAUAAAGGAUCGUUAAGGUUAGAUGAUUGGGUGUUAUGCCGGAUCUACAAGAAGAGUAACAUGCAGAGAGCGGUGGAAGUUGACGGUGGUGGCGGUAGUGAUCUCACCAUGACCGGUGGGAUAUUAUCAUCUCCACCACCAACAUAUAGGUCAUACAACCACCAGGAACUUAUGAAACCUACCACAGGGUGCACAGGGUACAAUGCAUUGCUUGAGAAUCAAGUGCACAACACUAUCUUGUUUAACAACAUGUUAAAUUCUCAAUCCAGUGCCCGAUUCGACGAUAACAACCACCGACACAACCCCAUUGUGUCCACCUCUAGUCUCUUUCCAAUGAAACAAUCAACCUCAUCAGGUCUGUUUCUAACAGACAGUAACACCGACAGGAGCCCGAUGGAUACGCAACCAACGGAGGAAAAUAAUGGGACAAUGGGGAGUUUUUUGACUGGGAUACCACAACUGGAACAGCAAACAAUGGUGGUGACUCCCGGAGAAAGCAUUUUCCGGCAACCGUAUCAUUUGCCGGACAUGAAUUGGUACUCUUAGAUCAUUUUUGGGAAGGUGGUUGAAUGGAAUGGAAUUUGAAUAUAGUUAUGAAAAGAUGGUUUCUUUUUUUGUUAAUUUUGCUAUGACAAGUUUGCUUAAGCAGUGAUAAAUUUAGCUAGACAAGAUAAAGACCACAAAUAUGUAGA